AUGUGCCUCGUGCUCGGAUUUGCCGAGUACUACGUCGUCGCGUGGUACGCUGAUACGUCGAGUCGCGCUCUGCAACCGCUCAGCGAACUGCUACAGAAGAAAGCGCUCUCGCCCGCCCUUCGCACUCCAUUGGACGCGUGGCGCCGCUCCCUGUCGUUGUUCGCCGGUGACAGUGACACUCAGAAUCGCGAGACACCCUUCGACAUGGCCGCAGCACAGGACCGGGUCUUGCGGGGACCAAAGUACGACCUGGAACUGCCCGAGGUCACUCUGGGCAAAUAUAUUUUCUCUGGAUUGCUGAAGCACGGCGACCACGUUGCACAGGUGUACCCUGGCGAGCCGGAGGUGCGGCUGUCGUUCCGGGAGCUGGCGAGGCGCGCGGCCUGCGUGGCCGAGGAGCUGCGCAUGCGCGGCGUGGGCCCCGGGGACGUGGUGGCGCUCGGCUGCCGCGUCGUGCCGCAGUUCGCGCCGCUCCUCAUAGGCAGCCUCCUCAGGAACGCCAUACCGGCGCCUUUCAACCCAGAUCUCGACCAAGAGGAAUUAAAGGUGGUGGUGCAGCAGAUGCUGAGACCGAAGCUGGUGGUGAGCCAGGAGCCGGCGCUGUCGGCAGUGGGGGAGGCGGCUGGGUGCGCCGCGCUGCCGCUGUCCCAAGUGGACGGCUGGCUGCAGCGAGACGCAGACCCGGAGCAGGCGCUGCAGGCGCUGUCCCCGCCAGACGCGGCCGGCUGGCUGGACUCGUGCGCCGCCAUCCUCUGCUCCUCCGGUACCACGGGGCCGCCCAAGGGCGUCAUGCUCUCACACCGGGGGCUGCUCACCUUGAUUGUCGCCUUCGGGAAAAUGCUUCCACUGUUUGCCACAUCGAGUGACCGACGUCCAGAGGCCAUGAUAUCGACGUCGCCGAUUUUCUGGGCGUCUGGGCUUAUAAUGCCAUUGUAUGCCCUUCACCUUGGGAAGACGGCCUGCAUACUUCCCAGCUUCGACGAGGAUACAGUAGCACGCGUCUUGGGCGAGUACAACAUUUCGAGCUUGUUCAUGCCUCCAAACUUGGCAGUGACUAUUGCCAAGAACCCCCAAAGUCCCGUCCGAAAGAUGCUGCACCACAUCAAAAUCUUAUCAGUCGGAGGGGCUGUAAUGGACGCAGAGACUCAGCUAUUCGUUGAAAAGGAGCUUGCCUGGGGUGAAGAUGUGCACAUCAUCGGCCUGUGCUGGUACAAUGGGACUACCGCAUAUGGUGUUUUCAGCAGCCAGUUCAUUAACAUUGGUGGUGUGGCGGAUCCACCUCCAGAUGACUUCAGCACUUCUGGAAAGGAACAGUAUGGCAUGACAGAGACUGUUGUCGUCAUGGGUGCUCAACCCGGUAGUGUUAGUCCACCAGGUUCCUCAGGGAAGCUGCUCUUCAACGUGGAGGCCAAGGUGGUGGACCUGGAGACGCAGGAGCCAGUGGGUGUCGAGCAGGAGGGCGAGCUGUGGGUGAAGUCCCCCACGGCGGCGCUGGGCUACUGGAACAACCCGGAGGCGACUGCCGCUGCCUGGGACAAAGAAGGCUGGUUCCACACGGGAGACGUCGUGCGCUACGACCGCGACGGCUACUUCUACGUCGUGGACCGCGUCAAGCAGCUCGUCAAGUUCAGGGGACACCACGUGCUGUCGCCGCAGCUGGAGAACCUGCUGAUGUCGCACCCCAGCGUGCAGCUGGCCGCCGUGGUGGGGAAGCCGCACCCCACCGACCAGGAGCACCCCACCGCCUUCGUCGUGCUGCGGCCCGGCGCCUCCGCCACCGCUGAGGAGCUGCAGCGGCUGGUAGAUGAUAAGGUGGCGGACCACAAGAAGCUGCGAGGCGGCGUGAGGAUCGUGAGGGAGCUGCCGCACACGGCCAGCGGCAAGGUGGCCAAGAGGGUCCUCAGGAGGUGGGCGGCGGGCGGCCAGUAGCGCCAAGCAGCGCUCACCCACCUCUCAAAGGGCUCUCUAAUGUCAAAGGAGCAUCAACGAACCCAAAGCUGACUCUUAAAAUUAAAUACUCCAUUUCUCUUCUUCGUAGUUUCAGUUUUCGUGUUGAACUAUUUUGAAUCACUAUAUUUUUAGUUCUUUACAUAUUUUUUAUUUUAUGUAGUACA